AUUUUCAUAUUCACUCAUAAUUCUACAUCAGACACUGACCAGAGGAAGACUUCUGUUGUACCUGCUUUUGGGGAACAAAGGAUUGAGGAAUUAGAACAACACAUGAAGACCUAGAGAAACAGCUUAAACAGAAUUAUUAUGCAUUAUUGGACUACUUACUAAAACAAAACCUUCGUUCCUGUUGAUCCUCUGCCGGAUGACACCAUGGGGGUGAAGAAUGGAUCAGCUCUGCUGGAAGAAGAAAAACAGGAAACAUCUGCAGAUAAAAGCUGGUUCCAUCAGCCCAGACAGCUGGCUCAUUACUUCUCUCUGCUCUGCUUUCUGCUCACCAUCGUCAUUCUGCUCCUGACACUCUGCUUGGUUCAGAUCACCUUGUUGUUCCAGUCACAGUCGACACUGCAGGAAACCAAACUGAGAGAUCUGACAGACAGACUGGAGAAGCUCAACCAGUCGUAUCAGCUCCUGUUCUCCCAGUAUCCUGCUCUGAACCAGUACUGUCCCAUCAGCAACGCCACCACCGGUGAGCGAGAGUGCAGACCAUGUCCGGCCGGGUGGAUGCCUCAGGGAGAGAAAUGUUUCUUAUUCAGUGAGGACAGAGCUGAUUGGAUCAGCAGUCAGUACCGCUGCAUGGCACUGGGGGGCGCUGUGGCCACAGUCAGGACAGAGGACGAGCAGCUGUUUCUGUGGGAAAAGGCCCAGAGUCUGAGCCAGGGAGACUCAUACUGGCUCGGACUGAAGAGCAGCGGUGCUGACGGCAGCUGGCAGUGGAGUGACGGCUCGUCAGUGGAGAAGGGACCACAGUUUUGGGAGCGUGAGCCUGACAAAACAGCAGAGAUCAGGGAUCUGUGCGGUCGACUCACCCCGAGAGACAACUACAGGAGGAGCUGGUUCAUCUCCAGAUGCUCCAACCAGCUGAGGAGGAUCUGUGAGAAGAGACAAGCUUCACUACAGUGAGAGGAGAGGAGAGGAGAGGAGAGAGGAGAGGAGAGGAGAGAGGAGAGG